GUUUCGCACACUCUAUCACAUUCGGCUUUACUCUUGCUGUCUUUACUAACUUAUGUCAAUUUGUCUUCGUCGGUACUAGAAGAAAAAGGAAAGAUGUGAAGCCCCACCUCAGGAAGUGGGGUCCGUUCUACAUGAUCCUCGUGGCCACAGUCGCUGUCAUGAUGGAUUUGCUUCGACACGUAUUGAUGGAUGCUGAGAGCUGGAAACUCCAGGAUCCUAUCACUGGAAAAGAGUACAAGUUCCACUUCGGCAGCUGCGUGUACAACGUCCCCACUGUCGCACAAGGGCAGGAGGGGGAAUGUCCCGAUGCUGGUGUAGGGCCUGUUGAGGUCACCACUUCGAAUGCUCUGGGCGUAUACAUGCCGAUGUACAACGCGGACGGCUCACACUCCUUCUACGGCAUUUUCUUUACCUUCGUGUUGACGUACUUGGGCUAUUUCCUCCUCUUUUUCUCGAUAUGUUGGUUCACGGGUUUACCAAGGAAAUUAGCCAAGCAAUGUCGUAGCCUAGACUGGAAGGGGUGCUGGGCUGGUUGUUGCGCGAUGUGCACAUCUAAGCGCAGGAAGGUUCCCCAGGGUUCAGAUACAGUUUAACAUGGACUUCGUGCGUGUUCACUUUUUGGUCGGAUUAAUAGUCAUUUCAGUCAAUUGUCGUCGUCGAUUUUGAGAAGCCGAAUGUGUGCAUACUCGAGCUCAACGAAUGACGCUACUUUGAAAAAGUUCGAUCAAAGUAGCUGAUAGUUGUGCUUUGCAGAGUUAUGUUUUCUACUCAUAACAGGCAACCUGUUUAUGAUAUCUUUGAUGUUUAUCUAUCAUCU